CUGUAGUGUCUGACGCACAUCAUCAACACAGAGUGGAAAGAACUGCUGCCACCAGGUACCAAAAGUCCAACCAGAUAAUGUGGUAGCAAAUUGUUUGAACAACUGACAACAAAGAAGUGAUGGAAGGACAAAACGGAAGUAUCUUGCACCGUAAAACCACUGAAAAUGGAACUAGAGGGAAGCCCCCGUACUCAGUGGAAACCCCUUAUGGCUUUCAACUUGACCUGGACUUCCUCAAAUACGUGGAUGACAUAGAGAAAGGCAACACAAUCAAAAGAGUACCAAUCCAGCGUAGAAGCAAAGGCCCCCGAGCCAGCACUCUUCCCAGGCAUCUCAACCCUUCUGGGUGCGGGUACCGCCCAAGCCCCUGGGGAUCUACUGGAGCUCUUGGCCCAAGGUCAAGACUGUCAGACGCCCAUCACUAUGGCUACAAUUCCUGGGCAAAUGAUCAGAGAUCCCAACGUUCUCCCACAGGUCUCCGAUCUCUGGCAGAGAUGGAGGCCAGAAUCAAGGAGUUUGAUGAGCAACCUUUGGGUGAGCACAUCAGACCUCAUCUCCUCCGGGCCUCCAGUAUGCCACUUACAGUAUUACUGAGGCAGGGAUCAGAGUCCACAGACGAGCCCGGAAGCCUCCGGAGUUCGAGGGACCACCUUGGGGAGAGAAACCCCUCCUGUGAAGACGUAUUCUACUCCUCGGCCAGCCCUCGAUCCCAGGACUGCUCAGGGCUGUUGAGACGCCUGACCGAGGCUCUUGAACGUGUGGGGGAGCUGGAGAUGGAGGUGAGGGUGGUUCCAGAGCUCAGGGCGCAUAUCUGCAUCCUUCAGGAGGAAAGAGAAAGGCUCCGACUGGGAUUAAAACCACAGAUUCAAACCCCACCAAUGAAUGGAACCACAGACCGUAACACCUCCUCCAAUUACGGCAUUAUGGAUAUCAAAAGGCCUCGGCAUGAAAGUCACGUCAUGUUUCCUAGAAAUCACCAGAUCAGUCGAGAAGACUCUAAUCCCAUGCACGAGUGGAGGACUAGUACAGAUCUGGAUGAGCUGCUGACGGUGACGUCCCUGCAGGCUAAGGUAGCUAUGCUGGAGCAGAAGCUCCAUGAGACUGGCCUAGAGCUACAUAGAGCUUUAGGUUUGCUAAAGGAGCAGCAAGAGGAGAGCAAGAGGAAAGAUGAGAAGAUGGAGAAUCUUAUCAGGAACCCUGCAGUGUGGGUUCAUGCAGAGAGGGUGCUGGUAGAACAGGAUGGAGAUGAGACUGUUGUGAGAUCCCUUGAACCAUAUAUCAAAGUGUCAAGUCCAGAUGCAAGAACUGUUUCUGCAAAUGGACAAAAAAGUCAACAACAAGACCUGGCAGUGUCUGUUAAACCUGAAGACUCUUCAGAAGAAACAGCAGUGGUCGCCCAUCAUAUAAAAAAGAUCAAGAGGCUGCUGCAUAAGCAGUGGGAGUGUUUGUGUGCAGAACAUGCGUCAGGAAGGGAGGGUAAACCUCUACAGCACCCUGACCCCAAAGUCAAUGCCCUGCAGCAGGAGAUGAUGGGACUUGUGGACAUCCUUACAUCCUACUACACCCAACAUGGACGCAGUGGUGAAGAGAGUAUCCAACAUGGAGCCUCUAAAUCCCCCAUGCGGACAGACGGAUGCGCCCUGAUGUCAAAAAGCCUCCAUUCUGUGGGUGUUAAUGAUGGUCCCCAAAAUGGAAAUCUGGUUGGGCAAGACUGUGUGAACCAAAGCACGCAAAAUCAAAGUAGCAUCCGCCCUACGGAGAUGGCUGUUCCGCAGGAAGAAGCAGACCCAGAGUUGAGACUGUCUGAGGGACUGAGGCACACAAGCCCAGACGGACAGAUGAUACCGGGAGGAGCAGGAUCAGAGCGGACAGAUGGAGGCGUAGCGUCUGUGGAAGCUGAGAAAAUAGCCAAAACGAAACCCCCAGGAGAACAGAUGGAGGGGAAGUCUGGCUCACAAACCAGCACCGGGGGCAGGGAGACGGUGAAUGCAGAUUUUCUGGCUGCCUGUCAGUUCCUCAAAGAUCACAUGGAAAACAUGGACAACCCCAAUGAAGACAUGAGGAAGGCCCUGGUCAUGUUGUUCCAGCACUGGUUCAGUGCGGCAGCAGAGGAGGCCUCAGUGUGCAGCAUGGUGGCUGAAUACCUGAGAGAAGUGAAGAGAGUCACUCCUUCACUGCUGCCCUUCUUGAUCAACAUGGCCGACGACAACGGCAACACUGCGCUGCAUUACAGCGUGUCCCACUGCAACUACAGCAUCGUCAGCCUGAUCCUGGACACAGGUGUGGGUGAUUUGAGCAUUCAGAACAACGCCGGCUACACCGCAGUGAUGCUCGCCUCGCUGACCGCCCCUGAUGGACCCGGCGGCAUGGAGGUGGUCCGCAAGCUAAUGGAGCUGAGCAACAUUAAUAUACGCUCCAGCCAGACGGGCCAAACAGCUCUGCACUUGGCUGUGAGACACGGGCGGGUUGUGAUGGUUCGCCUGCUGCUGAGCUGUGGAGCAGACACUAACCUGCAGGACAGAGAGGGAGCAACGGCCCUGAUGUUUGCAUCUGAGAGGGGCCACACACACAUCGCAAGGCUGCUGCUGGAGAGGAGCCAGUGUGACCUCACUCUGACCGACAAGCGUGGUCAAACUGCUCUCUCCAUCGCCACGCAAGGCUCCCACACUGACACCGCUACCCUGCUGCAGGCCCAUGCUAAAGCUCGAGCUUUGUAGCCUACUGGAAAAAAGAAUCUGAAGAUAUUUGAUGCUCUCACAUUUGCUCUUUUCUGUCUGAUGCACUUUGAACCCCAGUUUAAUGCUGACGCUGUUUGCUUGGGUUGAGCCUCUGCUGUCAUAUUGUUUAUGAUUUCUGGACAUUAACACCAGCAUUAGCUUGUUUUUGUAUUGGAUGACGUAGUUAAGGCAACUUCAUUUGUAUAAGGGAUAAAGCUUACCGUGUCAUCAAUCCUGAUGCAGUACACAAUAAAUAUGCUGCUUACUUUUGUCUUUAAUGUUAAAGGUCCCAUGUCAUGCUUUUCUGGUUAUUACCCAUCCCCUUGUGUGUUAUGUAGCUUUUU